CUGUGUUUUUAGACAUUCCUUGUACUGCUCUCAUCAUGGUAGUCUGUCUGGCCCAGAGUAUGGUGCAGAGGAGCGGUCGCUGGCUCCUGCCGUUCCCUACUGCCCUGUCUCUGGUCUACACCAGGGCUGCAGGAGGCACCCCUUCUCCCUCAGUCGCCCAACCGUCCACCUCCCAGGAUAAGAUUCGGACCGAGGAUGACCUCCCCAGGAUCAAAACCAGGGAGAUGUUGUACAGAUUGUAUGUCCAAGGCUACUACAAGCGUCUACAUGAGCUACAGGUGUAUGAGAAGCAGCUGUACGGCCCCAUGUACAAAAUAGGCGUAGGCAGCAUUAACUCCGUUGCUCUCAACAGUGUGGAGCUACUGGAGGAGCUGCUUAGGAAGGACGAGAGGUUCCCCAGCCGAGGAGACAUGUCCCUCUGGACAGACUACCGGGACCUGAGGGGCAUUGGUUACGGCCCCUUCACUGAGGAAGGGGUGAAGUGGUACAAUCUGAGGACUGUGCUGAACAAGCGCAUGCUGCACCCUAAAGACUCGGUGCAGUACGGAGACGUGGUCAACGAGGUGGUCAGCGACCUGAUCAAGAGGAUCUACCACCUACGCCGGACCAGCCCCACGGGAGACCGGGUGAACAACCUGUCCAAUGAGCUCUACCGAUUCUCUCUGGAGGGAAUCUCUUCCAUCCUGUUUGAGACUCGGAUCGGCUGUCUGGAGGAAGAGAUCCCGGUGGAGACGCAGCACUUCAUCGAUUCCAUCGCUCAGAUGUUCUCCUACAGCUUGCCGGUGGCCAUGCUGCCCAAGUGGAGCCGCAACAUCCUGCCAUUCUAUGGGCGCUACAUCGCUGGCUGGGAGGGCAUCUUCAAAUUCUCUGUGAAGUUUAUUGAGAUGAAGAUGGAGGCAAUUCAGAAGCGAGUGGACACAAACCAGGAAGUUGAGGGAGAAUACUUAACGUACCUCCUCUCCAAUACAAAGAUGACCAAUAAGGAGGUGUACGGCAGCGUCGCUGAGCUGUUAUUGGCUGGAGUCGAUACGACAUCCAAUACCAUGAUGUGGGCGAUGUACCUGCUGUCCAGGGACUCCAAUGUGCAGAACACCCUUUAUCAGGAGGUGUCACGCUGUGUACCAGGAGACAACAUUCCAUCUGCUCAAGAUGUCAACUGCAUGCCAUACCUCAAGGCUGUAAUCAAGGAAACACUAAGAAUGUACCCUGUUGUCCCCCUGAACUCACGCAUCAUGGCAGAGAAGGAUGUCAUUAUUGGCGGACAUUUUUUCCCCAAGAAGACUUCGUUUACAAUGUGCCACUACGCCAUCAGCCAAGAUGAAAAGACAUUCCCAGAACCAUCGAAGUUCAAGCCUGAACGAUGGUUGAGGGACGGCCGAGUCCGGCCAAACCCCUUUGGCUCUAUCCCAUUUGGUUUUGGGGUUCGGGGUUGCGUAGGUCGUCGGAUAGCUGAACUGGAGAUGUAUCUGGCUUUGUCACGGAUAAUCAAGCUAUUUGAAAUCAGACCGGACCCCAGCACAAGAGAGGUGAAAGCUCUCAAUCGCUCCGUCUUAGUAGCAGACAGGCAAGUCAAUCUGCACUUCCUGGAGAGGACGGACAAAGCUGCCCUUUGAUAUGUUAAAGACAGGUGAUAGCCAUUUGUCACCAAGCAGCCUACAAUAUCUAUCGCUGAAUGUAAAUAAAAAUACACUACAGUUCAAAAGUUUAGGGUCAAUUAGAAAUGUCCUUGUUUUAGAAAGAUAAGCAAAAAAAUAUCCUUUUAAUAUAACAUUAAAUUGAUCAGAAAUACAGUGUAGACAUUGAUAAAGCUGUAAAUGGCUAUUGUAGCUGGAAACGGCUGAUUCUUUUUUUUAUGGAAUAUCUACAUAGGCCCAUUAUCAGCAACCAUCACUCCCGUGUUCCAAAGGCACGUUGUGUUAGCUAAUCAAGUUUAUAAUUUUGAAAGGCAAAUUGAUCAUUAGAAAACCUUUUUUGUAAUUAUGUUAGCACAGCUGAAAACUGUUGUUCUGUUUUAAGAAGCAAUAAAACUGUCCUUUAGACUAGUUGAGUAUCUGGAGCAUCAGCAUUUGUGGGUUCGAUUACAGGCUCAAAAUGGCCAGAAACAAAUUACUUUCAGAAACAAAUUUUCUUCUGAAAAUCGUCUGUCUAUUCUUGUUCUGAGAAAUUAAGGCUAUUCCAUGCGAGAAAUUGGCAAGAAACUGAAGAUCUCGUACAACACUGUGUACUACUCCCCGAUGCACAACUGAGCAAGUGGACAAAUGCAUUAGAGUGUCUAGUUUGAGAAACAGAUGCCUCACAAACCCUCAACUGGCAGUUUCAUUAAAUAGUUACCUGCAAAACACCAGUCUCAAUGUCAACAGUGAAGAGUAUGCUGGCCUUCCCGGCAGAGUUCCUCUGUCCAGUGUCUGUGUUCUUUUGCCCAUCACGGAGUACCACUCCAACCCAUCACGGAGUACCACUCUUCAUAUUUAUGGUGGUGGCUGCUUCGUGUUAUGUGUAUGCUUGUCAUCAGCAAGGACUAGGCACUUUUUUAGGAUAAGAAUAAAUGGAAUUGAGCUUACCACAGGCAAAAUCCUAGAGGAAAAUCUAUUUCAGUCUACAUUCCAACAGACACUGGGAGACAAAUGUACCUUUCAGCAGGAAAGGCCAAAUAUAUUGACUGGAGUUGCUUACCAAGACAGCAUCGAAUGUUCUUGAGUGGCCUAGUUACAGCUUUGACUUAAAUCGUCUUGAAAAUCUAUAGCAAAACUUGAAGAUCGUUGUCUAGUAAUAAUCAACUUGACAGAGUUUCUUGUGGUUUUUAUGGAAAGUUUUCUUAACGUUUUCAGAACAAUUUGAGAAGAUGACUUUAAAGAGAACCAUGAGGAAAAUAGAACCAUGAGGAAAUUCCCACAGAAGAACGUUGUUUCUUAACAUUCUCAAAACUAUUUGAGAACAUUCCCAAUGUCAAACCAGUUGGAGAACAUUCCUAGACAAUUAACAAAAUUGAAAUUAAAUGUAACCAUCUUAUACUUUUAGGAAAUGUUUUGUUAAGGUAAUGAAAUACCAAGAAAAAAUACUGAACAAAAAUAUAAUUGCAACAUGCAACAAUUUCUAUGAUUUUACUGUUACAGUUCAUAUAAUGAAAUCAGUCAAUUGAAAUUAAUUAAUUAUGUCCUAAUCUAUGAAUUUCACAUGACUGGGCAGGGGCGCAGCCAUGGGUGGGCCUGGGAGGGCAUUUCCCACACAAAAGGGCAUUAUUACAGACAGAAAUACUCCUCAGUUUCAUCAGCUGUCCAGGUGGCUGGUCUCAGACGAUCUCGCAGGUGAAGAAGCCGGAUUUGGAUUUGGUUACACGUGGUCUGCAUUUUGUGAGGCUGGUUGGACGUUCUAAAAAAAAUUCUAAAACAACAUUGGAGGUGGCUUAUGGUAGAGAAAUUAACAUUCAAUUCUUUGGCAAUAGCUCUGGUGGGCUUUCGUGCAGUCAGCAUGCCAAUUGCACGCUCUCUCAAAACUUGUGACAUCUGUAGCCUUGUGUUGUGUGAUAAAACUGCACAUUUUAGAGUGGCCUUUUAUUGUCCCAUGCACAAGCUGCAUGUGUGUAAUGAUUGUUGUUUAAUCAGAUUCUUAAUGUGCCACACCUGUCAGGUGGAUGGAUUAUCGUGGAAAAGGAGAAAUGCUCACAAACAGGGAUGUCAACAAAGGUGUGCUCAAAAUUUGAGAGUAAUACACUUUAUGUGCGAAUGGAAAAUGUGUAGGAUCUUUUAUUUCAGCUCUUGAAACUAGCACUUUACAUGUUAUUUAUAUUUUUGUUCAGUGUACAAUUUUUUUGUUGUCAAGUUCCUUAAAAUGUGCUGAGAAUGUUCCAACACCAAGAAACUAUCCUGCACCAUUAUCCGAAAGUUGUGGGAAGGUUAUAUGCAAAAUAACCAUAGGCCACGCCUUAAGAAACAUAUGGUUCUCAGAACGUUAUGUACUAGUUGAUUUAGUUGGGGUUCAGCUGUCUUCUAUGUUGGGAAUUCUGAAAAGGCUUUACAACGACUCAUUAAAAUGUAGGCUACUAUAUAAAUUGCUAGAUCUAGACCAUACUGUUUUGUUUUAAUUUUAAAUUGAAAAAAAAAAUAUAUUCUCUCUAUGGAAAGUCUGUUCUAUAUUUAAAUUAAAUAAAUUCACCACAAUGAUGUUGUAAACUUGA